AUGGCCACAAUGCAUAGCCAGUCUAGGACGGAAUGGGAGGAUGGGGAGACUGCGGAUGUUGAUGAGUUUGGCGAAGCCUCAGUGGAGCCGAUUUCUCUAGAAAAAGAAAAGGACAAACCUUGGCGCGAAUGUGGUCCCACUUGCGACGGGGAAUGGACCUCGUGCUUCGAAGGAGGUUACUUGUUCCGUAUUGUCAGUGAGAAGAAGAAGUGGGCGUUUUAUAAUGACACGAAUAUGUUUGAGAUGCUUGUUGUAUUUACCUUUGGGCGGGACUCCCAAAUAAAGGCCGAAGGGAACACGAAAAUCACGCGUAAUGAAAACGGGGAAUUUGUGGCGACGGCAGUGAUUUACCCACUUGAAACCGUCAUGUUCAUUUCUGGGAACUGGAGUGGCUACCGGAGUCAUGUCGAGGGCCGUCCACUGUCGCGCGGGUAUUUGGAGCGGAUUGCCCAAGCCAAUGAGGGGGACUCGGAGAAGGCAAUGCUGGAGGUGAGGCGGCUGUGCCCUUCCGGUGACGCGGAGGUUGUUUUAGCCGCCUGCAUCGCGCACAGUGCGCCUUUUGUCGACCCCGAAUUUCCGCCGACGUCAAGCUCGCUGGACAAGGGGAAGGGGCUCUUGUCGCCGCUUCCAUGGCGGCGUCCGUCGGAGUAUCUUCCGAAGGAGCUCGCGGGACACGUGGCGCUGUUUCGGAUGCCCGUUACCGCCUUUAGUAUGCGCCGCGGGGACCUCAGCGACUCAUGGGUCAUGACCGCCAUGGCUGCCCUGGCCGAGAAUGCGGAGUACGUCAAAAAUAUGUUUCGCCACCCAGUGGACCGCAGCAGGACGGCCAAGGAAGCGGGAGUAGGAGCCCAUCGAGUGCUGUUGAACAGGGAUGGUAUGUGGAAGUCGUACCUGGUGGAUAACUAUUUACCGGUUGUUGGCAGCGGGCCACGGUUUGCGCAGAAUGGCAGCGACCCAUGUGAGAUGUGGGUGCCGUUGUUGGAGAAGGCGUACGCUAAGCGGAAUGGCGGAUUUGCCAACAUCUGCACGGGUGACCCUCUCAUGGCGCUUUGCGACUUUACGGGUUGCCCAACCACGCGCCUUGACACUGCGUUCCUGGGAACCUCAGAUAAUCCAGACAAGAGCAUUGAGUUUUUUGAACGUCUUGUUGCGUUAUCUGCUUCGGGGCACAUCAUUUUGUUUAGCACGCCUGGUCUCGGCUCUGACAAGGCCAAAUUGAUCAACUACAAGGAGCGGGGCAUCGCCAUUGGUUACGCGUUGGCGGUUCUCAAUGUGCGGCGCAUCAGCGGCUACUGUUUGCUUCGCCUGCGCAAUCCGUGGAGCAGGGGCGUGCGGUGGGAAGGAAAUUGGGGUCCAGCCUCGCGUCUCUGGGACGAGCAUCCCGAGGUGGCGGCAGCGUGCCCCGGCCACGACGGCGCGGAGGGCUCGCUGUGGAUGGACUGGGAUGAGAUGAAAGAGUACUUUGUCGGGUGCGGGGUGGUCUUCAACCUCCUGCGACACUACGACUACCGCGUGCCUGGCAUCUUCGCCGGUGCUGCCCCGAGCGUGUGUCUGGAGAUCGCCGUUGCGGCCCCCGUGACGCUCGCCUCGACGCUGUCGCAGCCGGAGCACCGCGGCACCGAGAGGGAGGCGCUCGACUACGAGCCACUCAUGCUGAGCUUGGCCUACGGCACGGGCCACGCCGAGGAGUUCGCGGUGGUGGCCAACACCUCGAAGGAUGCCGAGAACCCGCACAGCGCCUACGUUUUCCUUCACGGACGUGACUUGAGCAUGAUCUACGAGUUCCGGCCCGAGCACUCCCCAUACUUGCUUCUGCCGCGGCGCAUGGAGCUCGCCGCCGAAACGGAGGCGGCGACGCUGCCCUUUACGCUGGGGCUACACUCGCCCACCCGCAUAACAGAGAGAGGGGCGGUCAGUGUCGCCUUCAGGGCGCUCUCGGCGAGCAAUGAGGUGUUUGAAAACUACCAACAAUUCACCAACGACGGGGCGGCAGUCUCUGCGACGUAUCAAGUCAAGUUCCCCAAUUCCCGCCUGGAGGAAUUGACGGCAGACCGGAUUGUGUAG